GCAGAUCCAUGCUGCCAGGUCCGAAACCAAAGAGCAUCCAAGGUCUGCAAACAUAACUUGAUUUCCUGUUGGACAAAGGGGCGGGGAGUGUUCCUAGAACCAACAAAACCAGUUACAGAAAUGGGCUGCCAUUUUUCUGUCUGGGGAGUUUUGGCCUUCCUGAGUUUGGCUCUCAUUGUUUCAUUGACACUGAACAUUUUACACUAUUUGAAAAAGAAGAGAGCUAAAAUGCAUAAAGACUACAAAGAGAACAAUCAGAGCUAUGAUGACGAUCCCACAGAAGAUUACCCAGUUUAUGGCAAUCUCAAUCAAGAUAUUUUAGAAGAAUGUUGUUAUGAGCAGAUGAAGUCCCAACCUCAGAGGCCAGUUAACCAGCCACAGGUGGAAUCUGCCAGUCAAAUGUGUUAUGCCUCGCUUGAUCACAGUGUCAAGGGAAAACGCAGAAAACCAAGGAGAAAGAAAGAUCCUUCAUUAGAGGAAGAUGAAGAAGAAAGAUCAUCUAACCCCACCAUGAUGGCUUCCAAAGUGAGCAUUUACCUCAAUAGUGAGCAGUUGGCUGCUGAAAACACAGCAAACGUAGAAGCCAUUCAUGAUGAUCCCAUCAGGUUAAUGAGCUUGAUUCAUACAGCAAAAGGAGUGGCUUCCUGAACUGAAGUGGCUUCCUGAACCAAAAAUGUAAUCACUAAGUGAGAUGUGCUUUUUCAUUCUGGAGGAACAGUGAAUGACUAGAGAUCGUCAAACUGUCAAACUGUCAUACCAAACAAUGAUUUAAAAUGGGUAAGUGUUCCAAAGUGUCUUCCAAGCAUAUUUAAGGACUAAGCAAGAAAUAAGAAUAGGUCCAGACUGCCGCUUUGAAGGAUCUGCCCUUCUGAGGACAAUUUGAAAGAGUUGUGGAAUCUGAUAUU